AUGAGUGGUGCAGUCCCCUUCCGACAGGAUCUUCCUCCUUCUGGAGGCUACCAGCCCAUCCGAUACAAGCGCAACUUGCCAGGCAAGAACCUUUCGGGUCUCACCAUCUUUGGCAGUGUCAUUGCGAUCUGCGCAUACGGCUUCUACAAGGUCGGCCUCGGUAACCUCGAACAAAGAGAGCUCAAGAGGGAGCGUGCAUGGUCGCGAAUCCACCUCAUCCCCGUGCUCAUGGCCGAAUCGGAUCGAGACGAGUAUCGACGAAACGAGGCCCAGGUUGCACGAGAGAAGGAGAUCAUGAAGGAUGUUCCCGGAUGGGAGGCCGGCAAGUCGGUUUACAACACCAAGCGCUACACACCCAAGAACUUCACUGUCUUGUAG